AUGCGAUGGGCAACGCCCAGUCUGCUCAUUUUGCCAGGUAUUCAGUUGAGAACGAUCAUCCCAGUGCGCAAUGCUAAAUCCCGAUCACAGAAAAGCAACUCGGUCUGCGAGUAUCGGAAGGUUGCAGACCCUCCCCCUACAAAACUCGAGAGCGAGAUCACUACGAUCAAAGACCGCCUAGGGAACAUCGAACAUCUCCUGGCUGCCCAGAAGAGACCCGCUGCCAUACACAGAGACGUAGAUUCCCUUCUUUCGCCACAUGCCACCUCUACGAGUACUCCAGCGCCGAUUGUGGCGCUCCUAGAAGGAGCUCAAUCCCAGUCGCCUUGCCUCUCAGACUCGCCAGGGUUCCCUGUUAUGGUCAUUCGCAACAAGUCUUUCAUGCAUCUAGUCGGCGUAGAAAUCGAUUUGGCUGCACACUUGGCAAAGCUGGAGAGGCUUGCAGGAAGCAAGACCGUUGGUGAAAAUGGCCGACACUUUCUCCUCCAACAGAGUCGGGCGAUAAACGCGUUGAACGCCUUCUUCGAAGAAAUUCAUCCGUGGUACCCAAUCCUUGAUUCACAAUAUCAAGUGGUGUAUGCCGCCGUGAUGGACGGGGAUCUCAAACCUUCCUCAGAGUCAUGUUUGGCUCUGAUCGUUGCUGCUCUCGGUUCGCUCUCGUCACAUGACGUGAGAGGGAAGCACACCAUGUAUGCUGACAUGGCACUCAGCAUGCUGGCUCGGAUCAUAGCCGACUGCAGUGUAUUGGCCGUUGAGGCUCUUGUGUACAUCGCGGUAUACUAUUGCUGUCUUUGCAGUCCACUUGAGGCAUUCGAAUACAAUGCCAUCGCCUCGCUAAAGGCGCAAAGUCUACUGACGGUCAACCGAUGUAGUGUCUCCGAAGCAGAUUCUGAGGCUCUGAGACGUGCGUUUUGGGCGAUCUUGCUCAUUGAGAGUGAACUAUGUGUUCAGUUGGAGCUCAUUGACACUGGCGUCUGGAAUUUGGACGAGUCCACUAUGCUACCAAAGCUCCGCGAUUCGUGGAGUACCUCUCCUCAAUUACCAUUCUACGCGCAGCCUGAUGGGGACCACACAGCCAACCUCGAAGACAUUGACGCAUAUUUUCUUGCUGAGAUUGCAAUGCGGCGGAUCUCUCAUCGCGCUCCAUCGGCGAUUCGUGGAACAUCUCGCGGGGAGCUCGUUUAUGCGCCUAUUGUUGCUUCCGAAUUGAACUAUCAGCUUGAUGAAUGGUACCAUCACUUACCAUCAUCCCUCAAAUUCCAUCGCGGUCAUCAAGCCGAAAUGCGAGACCACAGGGGUUUGGUGUUGUUUCUAAGGACUCAAUACUAUUCCUGCAUGACUUCAAUUUACUGGCCAGCAGUUUACAAAGUCAUUCAAACUGGGAGACGCGAGGACAACCUUCACCUUGGAUGUCAGAAAUUCUUCGAUGCAUACUACGACUUUUUGCUCAGUGCCACUGUCUGUCUUCAGCAUUGUACCGUGAACAAAUGGACAUUGCUGGCAAGUAUAUUUGCUUUUACCAUGGCAGCUGCUCGUGCCAUGAAAGAGCCUGCACUGGCUGACGCCGUACCGCCGCGCCUCUUCGCCUCUUUGACACAUGCCGUUAGUUCUCUAGCAUCAAGUGUGCACUGCGGACCAUCACUUUCCUACAUGCAUAAUCUACUGAAAGAGCACCUGACAGGUUUGGUGGGAUUCAGCCCGGAACAAAGUAGUCAGACUAGCAGGUCCACACCGCUGAUGCAAAGACCAGAUUUUACUUAG